AUGAGUGUCUGUGCGAGGAAAACUGUUCUCCUGAAUUCUGGGCAUCACAUUCCCUUGAUUGGAUUAGGAACUUACACAAUCACCGAUGCAAGCAUUCUUCACAACUCCCUGGAUUACGCCUUAUCAUCCGGAUAUCGCCUCAUCGACACAGCUACGGUGUACAGGAAUGAAUCCCAAAUCGGAGAAUCCCUGAAAGUGCUUUUGCCAAAGUACAAUUUGACGAGGAAAGACAUUUUCGUCACUUCCAAGUUUAUUCCGGAAGCCAGAGAGGAAGAGAAUUACGUGCUGGCAACAGUUGAGGCUUCGCUGAGUAAACUCCAGCUGGACUACAUUGAUCUGUACCUGAUUCACUGGCCAGCAGCGCGGGGUGUGUCUAUGCACAGUCCUGAGAACGCAAAGUAUCGCGACAUCGCGUGGAAAGGGCUUGUCAGUGCGCAGAAGAAGGGACUUCUGCGCUCCAUUGGCGUGUCAAACUACCUGGAGAGACACCUGAGUGAGCUGUUGGAAAAGUCUCACGGGAUUCCGCCGGCUGUCAACCAAGUGGAGUGGCAUCCACAUCAUCACUCAGCGGAGCUGCUGAGCUUCUGCCAGCAGCACAACAUCUUCCUGCAAGCGUACUCAUCCUUGGGCGGCGGCACAGGAUCUCUUACUCUGGAUCCUGUUGUCCAGUCAGUGGCUCAGAAGCUUGGCCAAACUGGCUCUCAGAUACUCCUUCGUUGGGCCACUCAGAAGGACAUCGGAGUGAUUCCCAAGGCGCGCUCACAGCAUCACGUGGAGGAGAAUAUUGCUCUUGACUUCAGCAUUCCGGAGGAUGACAUGAGAAUCCUCAGCAGCAUGAGUGUUCGCGAGAAGUAUGCGUGGAAUCCGGCAAACAUCAACUAA